AUGCUCACCUUUUCCUUUUGUGCUCUUAGAAGUCUCGGAGUUUUAGAGAUUGCGAUGAAAGGAUGGGAAGGGUGACUUGUAGUGUUGUAAUGUGAUAGAAAUGCAUGUGGUUGGUUACCUUUGCAACUGUUCAUCUAUUGUCGUAGUACGUACUGCCUGCAGAUCGCUUCAGUUGUCCGUCUUCAUAAACAGCUACGCGCUUCUUACUAGCAA